UUCACCAUUGAUGUGCAAACAUUUCUUUAGCUCAUCAAUAUGAGAAAAACAAUGUGGCUGUUUAGAUUUCUGGUUUUGCUGAGUUCUAUUUCUUUCCUAGUCCUGCCUUGUGCUCAUGGAUGGAGCAAAGAAGGUCAUGUCCUAACAUGUCAAAUUGCACAGGAGCUGCUGAAUGGAGAGGCAACAGAGGCGGUUCAAGAUCUGCUACCUGAAAGUGCGGGCGGAAAUUUAUCGGCGUUGUGUGUAUGGGCGGACCAGAUCCGACUCCAGUCUAAGUAUCGGUGGGCGAGUCCCCUUCACUACGCCAAUACGCCCGACACCUGUUCUUUCCUCUACAAGAGGGAUUGUCAUAAUACCGCCGGUCAGCCUGACAUGUGCGUCGCCGGUGCCAUUCGAAAUUUCACCACUCAGCUCACCACCUACAGAACACAAGGCUCCGACAGCCCACAUAACUUGACGGAGGCGUUGCUGUUUCUAUCGCAUUUCGUUGGGGAUAUACAUCAGCCAUUACACGUUGGGUUCGAGAGCGACGAGGGAGGUAACACCAUAGAAUCUGAAUCUUUCGAAAUAUUUAAUAAAAGAAAAAGGAAAUGAACCACGCAGGUAUGGGACAGGGACAUUAUUCUUACAGCUGUGGCAGAUUAUUACGACAAGGACACAGGCCUCCUCUUAGAAGAACUUCAAAGGAAUUUGACUAAUGGAAUUUGGAGUAAUGACGUUCCCGCAUGGGAGAGUUGUGUUAAAGUUAAUUCAUGUGUUAAUAAAUGGGCCGAAGAGAGUAUAGACUUAGCUUGUAAGUGGGCAUAUGAAGGAGUCGAAGCUGGUAUGACUUUAUCAGACGAUUACUUCGAUUCGAGAUUGCCAAUUGUGACGGAACGAUUAGCUCAAGGUGGUGUCCGGUUGGCAAUGCUUUUGAACCGGGUUUUUUCUGAAGAUACUACACGAGGAUUUGCCUCGUCAUCUUGAUCAAUUGGACCAUCAAAUUUAGCAGUUAUUAUUAUUUUAAAAAAAUUAUGUCAGAAAAUAAUAUAUUAGAUUUAUUAGAGAAAGAUUCGAAAUAAAUAUAUAUUUAAAAUUUUGUAUUUAAAUGGUAACCGAAAAAGAAAAGAAAUUAAAAAUUUACUAGUUCUAAGUUCUUCAUCUAUGAUGUAAUAAUUGAAAAUUAGAAUAUGACAAUGUUAAAUUAGUAAUUUACUCUGAAAUUCUAUGAAAUCCAACGAAAACCAACCAUUUUAGUCAAGGAAGUUUUUAAAGUAAAAAUAGGUUUUGAAUCACUCCAAAUUGUAAAAUCAUUCUAUUUUUU